CCCGCGGCCAUUGUGAUUACCUAGGGUAAUCAACUUGCAGAAUCAAUCGGACCAUAUCCCCAGCCAUGUCAUCCGACCCGGCGAUCAUUCCGCUAGGACAGAUGCCGCAACAGGCAGGCAUCCGAGCCCAGAAAGAUGAUUGGACUGGUAUCAUCGAUCGAACGCAGCGAAGGAAACUUCAGAACAGGCUAAAUCAGCGAGCAUUCCGUUUACGACGACAGUUUGAACGACAACAGCACCAGCAAGAGACUGAACCCACAGACUUGGUGAUACGAGACUCCUUAUACCUCAGCCCAAGCGAGCUUCAAACCGGGUCCAAGCGUACUCAAUGCCCGCCCGAAAUGCCGGAGCUGAUGCUUCGGCUUGAGGCUGAAGCAUCCAAAAGUUAUAGCGAAAGCUCGCCAAACCUUGACCACCUGCUCUCGCUACCUAAGAUCAAUGUCCAGCGGGCCAUCAUCCAAAAUAUCCAUUCAACUGGCAUGACAAUGGAAUGGACAAAGGAAGAUGAUGCAAUCUCUAUAUUCAAUCUACAAGUUCCGGGCUUUUCGGAUCUGCAUAUUCCCCUCGACCUACUGCCAACCGAAGUUCAGAAGCGGGUGCCUCACCAUCCGUGGUUGGACUUUUUUCCAUCUCCAACAUUAAGAGAUAACCUCAUUGUGCUACAAGAUGAAAUUGAUGAUGAAGAUUUAUGCCAUGAUCUUAUGGCGUUUUGGGAUACCCGCAACACGCGUGCAGGAUUACUUGUUUGGGGUCCAUCAUGGCAAACGACUAGCUGGGAAGUAACAGAGUCCUUCUUAACAAAAUGGGGAUUCCUACUAUAUGGUUGCACUGCAUUGUUGAGGAGUACCAAUUUCUGGAGAGUACAAAGAGGCGAGAAGCCCUUGAUCUGGAAGGAGUAUUUUACCCCGCAACAUCCUUUUCUUCAGGUAUUGAAGAGAAGAAGAGAAAUACGCCCAUGCGAGCCUCAAGUAUAAUUUUGAGCCAAGCCAGAAUGUAAACUCCUAUUGGAGGUUUGAGGUUUGAGGUUGACAGAGCUGUUCUGGCAUGAGAUAUAUUAGAGGAUGGCCAAGCCUCGACCGAUGUUGCAUCGGCACCGGGGAUAAGCCUUAUAUCCGGAGUAUGAUGACAAGAAGGGCUCUACAUGGGAGGAUGGCUACGGGAAGGUGAGUACGAAGAAAGCGGAAGAGAACCUUGCGAUUCUGUUCAAAUGCCCGUAGUGUCUUUUGGCGCGUUCGAGGGUUAUUUUGAUGGUCUAAAAGAAAUAACAUCAAAUCAUUCUGGGUGUGCCAUACAUCGGUCCAUCCUGCACAUCCUACUAAGCCAUGACCGCCAUUACCCGCAAGAUUUGCGAUGUUUUGAGGCUUCCUAAACGCUCCAAGGUCUCGUGGAAGAACCAAUCAAUUGCAGAGUGAUCUGUGACAUCGGCAGUCUUUGUGAAGCACUGGAUGAAUCGUCCGUGGAGAGACCGGUAAGUAACGCCUCGAGAUUCCAUUCAGAGAGGUCGCACACAGUAAUCUGGACACCUCG